AUGCGCCAAGACGCGCGCCGAGACUGGCCACCCUCCACGCCACUCUCCGACUCGGACGACGAGUUUCACAUCGAGUCCUGCUCGCCCCUGGCGUAUCGUGCCCGGAGCCGCUUCAUCCAACGCAAUGGCCGCCGCCGGCUCCGGCGCACGGUCGACGUGAUGAUCGAGGAGAGCUGGAUUCGGAUGCUGGAGCUGAAGGUGGAGCCGCGUCUCCGUGAGCAGUUCCAGCCAAUCCAUCUGGCUGCGCAUUUGGGAGACCAUCAAGCGCUUUGCUUUCUGCUCCUGGAUGGUGCUGAUGUCCAGCAGAAGACCUCCAAAGGUAAGUCAGCCUCGGAUCUUGCUCAAGCUGCGAACCAGCAGGGUUCUCACAACCAGGUGAUUUCCAUGCUGACCUUGCGGGCCAUGCCUAGCUGGGAAGAUCGCCUGCUCGAGCAAUGGAUAGUUGCAGAUCAUUGA